UUAAAUUGAAACUGGAUAGGUGGGUAUGUAGGUAGGCAGGCAGGCAGGCAAGAGGUGCAAUCUCGAUAGAGGCCUACAUUAGCCUACCACAAAAGGGGGACUUUCACGAUAAUUGUUAAUCGGGAUCAACUUAACAUGAAUGUACAGGUGUAUUGCUCAUAAUUUGGAGCUUGCCAAGUAGCCUACCACAUUUGCCACAAUGCCAGAGUUGGACAGGCACCACCGUCGGGAUGAUCACCGCCAUAAAAGCAGAGAACGAGAACAGUCUCACUACACAAGAGAUGAUGAGAGAGAAACUGAGAAUUAUUAUGAGAAGAGAAACAGGACAGGAGAAGAGAGGAACCACGUCAAUGAUAGUAGCACAAAGAGGAAUUAUCCUGAGAGAGAGAGAGGUGCAUCCACUCACCCAGACAGGCAUAAUUAUGACUCUCAUCAUCACCAAGGCCAUCAAAGACAGUACUUGGAAAGUCCUGUGUCUUCUUACAACCAAUAUGACCCACAACACCGAGAGGCACUUUACAAUAUCCGAUAUUUGGGCACAGCAAGAGGAAUUUGCCAGGCAAUGGAGGUAUUUCUCAACUUGUUGAUCAUUAUCUGUGCUGGAGUUUCUCACGGUAAUAAGGGGGAGUACCGUGACAUUGCCAGCCUUGGUGGUGUGUAUGAAUACCACUAUGGAGGUGCCAAUGCUUUCAUCGGAGCCGAGGCAGAGCGGGUGAAACAACUGGACAGACAGUUCUAUCAGCUCAAGCUGCCCCCUUACGUCUUCAGCAUGGCAUGUGGAGGGGCACUGAUGGUUUAUGCUCUUGUCAUGCUGGCCCUGGGGAUCUUCCGUGUACCAUACCGCUGGCCAUUGACAUUGCUGGUUGAGGCCAUACUAAAUGGGCUGAUUGGCUUGGGCUAUAUCCCUGCAGUGGCAUUCUACUUCAUUAAACUUCAGGAGACUUACAACCACCCCAUUUGCAAGGAGAGGGAGGAAAUGUACAAGAGCAAAGGCCAUAGAGGAUUUGAGUGCACGUUACAUGGAACAGAUGUUGCAGGAGGUCUGUUUGGGGUGUUGGGGGUCAUUCUUUUCCCCAUUGGUGCAGUGCUGGCUAUCAGGGCUUUCAGAGCAGUCAGAGAGCGCAAGAAGCAGCGGGACCUGGAGAACAAUCAUUUGUAAAAAAGGGUUUUCUCCAGUUUUUGUCUGUUUGAGCUACAGGUAUUUUGGGGUUCAGCACGGUCUGUGAACAAAUUUCCACUGAGAGGGCUAUUACUCUGAUUUGAUAUCAGAAAUUUAGCCGGCAGAAAGCGCACAUUUAAGUACAGAACUCUCUACUGGUUGGAAUUGAAAUUCUUUAUCUGUGGACAGCAUAGAAUACACUAUUUGUACUUUAUUACUACUAUUUGACCUCUGCUGAAACAGAAGGGAAACACAUACCUGCAGACAUAAAUCCAAUCAUUUGUAACUUUUGGCUGGACACUUUAACACUGUGUUUACUUGCAGAUUGCUGUCUACUGUAUUGUUACUGUAUUGUUUUAAAAAUAUGUAGUUUUCUGCCAUCUGUCCUUGAUUUUAUCUAAAGACUAAAGAUUAUACGUAGGUCAUUUGUAUCAGUUGUCAGUGUGUCAUCUUAUAGGCCAUUUGUAUAGUGUCAAAAUCUUUUUAGCAUUUUUAUAUUGACUUAUUUUUUUACACAUAUUCUUUUUAAAAUGCAUAUGCCAUUAUCCAUUUAAUAAAUACUAAUUUCUGCACAUA